ACUCUCUGGCAGACAAAGGCCUGGAACCGACACGAGAAGAUCUGGACGAGUUCGACUGCUGUUUCCGCUCUCGACAUGAUAGCCUCUUGGAUGCGCGAGUUUUUCUGGGACCGACAUGAAGCGGUCGAGUGUGCUUUGGCUGCUGCUGGAAUUGGGUCGCUGGACGACUUCGAGUAUUGACGACCUUCCAACGUCUCACUUUUGGAGUCACGGACCUCUCACCCCUCUCGAUCGUUUACCCACUUUUCCAUAGUAGAUGAAGAGCAUACAUCAUGGUGUCGAAUGCUGCAUUAUACUUGUUGUACUUUAUUGUUCAUGACAGCGGGCCGGAUACUGUUGUAUAACCAUACGGUAUCGGCCAGAGUUGAGCGGAUCAAUCAGCCAGCUCCUCUGACAGUUCCAACACAGCUCAAUUCUUCUGCGGCAUAUGAAAAUCCGCCAUCUACCUUACUCAAUAUAUAUCGCCUUCUCUUUUGGAAACCUUGUGAUUGUCUCAUGGCAAGCACGCUUGCGACUGACAUAUCUUGCUUACAGAUCCGAAAGUCAAGAAUCCCCUCUCAGCAUUCCAAGACGUGUGUCGACGGUCGCAUGAAGCCGUACAUUCACCUGUUGAACCAGCAACGUAAAAUUCCAAUUGAAGUCUCGGUCCUUCGCCGACGAAGUAGGCCUCGAGUCGAAGGCUCUCGCAGUAAUCUCUUGGCCGACUAAAGCAACGAGCGACUACAUUCCUGGCUCUUUCUUCAAAUUUUGUCAGAUAUUGUCCCUCUGCUUGACGACACCCUGUCAGCUUGAC